AUGAAAGAUAGCAGCAGAACGUAUACCAGAAACUUGAUUGACGAGGGAAUUGGAAAAAGCAACCUGCUUAUUCUUGUUUGGAGUCCUGUAAAGGAAGUGCGAUCCAUGACCACACCAAUGCGCAUGUCCUCGGAUCUGAAACUAUCUCGAAUCACACAUGAUUUGCUCAUUCAAAAAACUCUCUACUCAUGGCCAGAUGAAGAUAAGGUCGCACACGGAGAGCCAUCUCCUCCUCAGAUCACUCGUGAGACUACUUUACACUCCUCCAAAUGCUACACGACAUGGUUUCUCCCUCUUUGGUUAAAGGACUGGCAAGGCCAAGCAUAUCAAACAAGGACACUUCUUUUCGAUUCGUGGCAAACGGCUUGA